AGAAGACGGGGGCCAUGGCUGCGGUGGCGGGCGACGAGCCGGAGACGGUGGAGGUGACGCUGCGCGCCGUUGGUCCGACCCGGCCGACCACCAUCCGCCUCCCACCGCUUAUCUCGGUUGUUGAUUUGCGCCGCCGCGUUGCCCAGGACCGGCGUCUACCAGAAGACCGCCUCCGCCUGGUUCUGCGAGGGACCACUCUCCCGUGGGGAGACGACGACCGUGUAAAAUUUCGCGAUGGGGAUAGUCUUAUAGUGGCCGUGGCACCUAAACCACCUGCCAAACAUCUCCGAGAUGAGGAUGACGAUGAUGACGAUGACGAUGAAGAGGAACUGAAGUUCAAAAUACCACAAACAACAACCUGGUGGAAGAAAAGAAUUUUCAUAUUUCUUAGAGACAAACUGAGAUUUCCUGAUAUCUUGUUGAUGGCGCUGUUUUCUGUCACUAUGAAAGCAUGGAUUAUCAUCACAUUGUGGUUCCUAUUGGCACCUAUUGCUCGAAAGUAUGAGUUUGGACCUUUAUAUAUACUUGCGACAGGUUUCUUGAUUAUACUUCUUAAUCUUGGAAGGCGACAACAAGGUGAUGUUAGUGCAUACUCCAUAUUUAAUGAAGACUUCAGGGAGCUGCCAGGAACAUUUAACGCAGAGCGCAUAGAUAGAGACCUCCGGGCAGGUCAAUUGUAA